UUGGUGUUUUGUGGCUAUAGUAAAAUCAGGAAGAAGAAUUCCACUGUGUGGAAAAUGGCAUUUUUAAAUAUCAAACCCAUUGCUUGGGCAUUUUCUAGGAUAACAUUAGGGACUGAAAUGCUAAAUUCUAUCUUCAAUUUCUACUAUGUAAAGGUUUUUUUACACCUGUACAAGAUUUCAGAAGUGGCCUUUUACCAAGCACAGAUGAUUUUAAUGAUUUGGAAUGCUCUUAACGACAUGACUGGGUAUUUUCACAACAACUUGCCUUGUACUUAUCAGCCAGUCCCGGCUGAGGAAGUUUGGUUACUAUAUAUAUUUUCAUUCUACCUAGAAGGAACAGCCUCCAUUGUCAUGUUACUUCUUGGACAGCAAUACUAUUAUUUUUUGGCUCUUUAUCUCACUAUUAUCAUGGUGAUUGUGCAAGCUUCUUUUUGCUCAUUUAAUCUGCCACUAGCUGACAUGGUCGAUGCAGAUUUACUGAAGUUCAACUGGCAGUCACCCCUUUCCUCAAUGGUCUUUGGCAUCAAUGCUUUAUUUACCAAACCUGCUCAGUCUUUAGCUCCCAUGAAGAUACUCUCUAGGCUAAACCAGUAUGGAUAUGGAAACCCAAACAAAAGGUAGAGAAAAAAAAUGCUUUGAAAUAAUGUAAUAGAAAUAUGAAAGCAAACUCAGCCUUUUACAUUGAUUACUAGGCAGUAUCUUAGACUUGGGCAUUAUUAGUCACUAAUUUAUAGAUCUUGAGUAAACUACAAUAAAAAGUAUUCAUGUCAAAGGAACCUCAAUAGGAAUAUCUUUAAGGGUAUUCUUUAAAUUAUGUAUGCUACAAAUGUCUAUGUAAUUCACACUAAGCUACAUACUGAUUGCUUUUCUAAGUCAUUCACUCAUUUAUUAUUUCAUUCCACAAAUGUUUCUGAGGGCCUGCUAUUAUCUGCUAGGUUCAAAGGUUCUGGGCAUACAAGAUGAAUAAGGAGACUCCAAAGCCCCACAGAUUGUGAAGCACUGUGUAAGGCCCCACCAGCCUUUGGUGAUAACGGGCACUGUGGUAAUGCAGGGAAGAGGUUCCUGCCUCCGUCUGCCUAAAGUCAGGGAGCCCUUUGCAAAACAAGGGUUUCUUGAGCUGAAUUUUGGAGGCUGAGUGGGAUUUUUCUCUCCUGAACACAGAGGAAUGUCAUUCCAGGCAGAGAAUACAGCAUGGCGGAUAUCCAGAAGCAUGAGAGAACUCUCACUAAGGUAUUCAUUUAUUCACUCAACAAACGUUGUUGAGAGCCUACCACAUCCUAGGCUCAGUGAUAAGGCAAUGAACAACAGGGAACAAAACCACAGAAGCCUCUGCCCUCACACAGCUUACAUUCUAGUGGGAGGGAGGCAGGCAGACAAGAAAUUAGCUAAGUAAAAUACGUAGUAUGUUAGUUGGUGAGAGUCCUCUGGAGAAAAAUAGAACAAGAAGAACAGGAAGGCUUGGGGAAAGCUGCAUUAUUAAAUAAGGUGAUGGGAAGGCCUCACCACCAAGGAGAUGACAUUUGAACAAAGACCUGAAGGAAGGUGGGAGGGAACCAGGGUGCUCUUAGGGAAGAGUGUUCCCGGCAGAAAGCACAAUGAGUGCAGAAGCACUGAGUGCAGCGUGCCUGGCACUAGGUCUGCCAAGGAGGCUGCCAGCGUGACUGGAGCAGAGUGAGAGCAGGAGGAGACCAAAUCCCACAGGUCCUUGCAGCCCUCUGUUGUUACCUUGGUUUCACUAUGAGGUAAAUGGUGGUGGUGAGGCAGUGGAGGAUUCAUUCAUUUGUUUAUUUGACAUUAUUUUUUAAAGCAGUUGUAGGGUCACAACAACACUGGGCCGAAAGUACACAGAGUUCCUGUAAAUUCUCUGCCUUCCCACACGAACUGCUUCCUCCACUAUCAGCAUCCCACACCAGAGUGGUACAAAUGUUAUAAUCCAUGAACCUACAUCCUUAUCACCAAAGUCCAUGGUUUACACUAGGGUUCGUGCUUGGUGUUACACAUUCUGUGGGUUUUGAUAAAUGUAUAAUGACGUGUGUCUUCACAGCC